AGAAAGAAAAAAAGCUAAACCGCCGCCGCCCGCCAUGGCCGACGAGCUCGACGAACUCCUCGAUUUCCUCUCCAACACCUCCCCGCAGGUGCGCGGCGCCGCGGCGGAUAUCGUGCGGGGGCUCACCGGGGACGGCGACGGCCUGCGCUCCCUCGCGGCGCGCGCGGACCGCGCGCUCCCGGCGCUGCUCCGCCUCCUCGCCUCCGCGGGGGGCGGCGCGGGCGAGGCGGCCGCGGACUCGCUCGUCAACCUCAGCCAGGACGCCGACCUCGCCGCGCGCCUCGUCGCGCUCGGCGCCGUCGCCGCGGCCAUGGACGUCAUGGUCAAGCGCGGCGCCGACCAGCCCAAGCUCGCGCGCAGCCUCGUCAUGCUGCUCGUCAACCUCACCCAGGUCGAGUCGGGCAUCGCCGCACUCCUCCAGGUUGGUGAUGAAAAGGUGCAAGGGUUGUAUGUUGCGAAGCUUGUGCGGUCAUUCUGUAGAUCAUCCAGUGACUCUGAAGAUGAAGAUAUUUUUGAACACAUUGCAUCUAUACUUGUGAAUAUCUCAAAGGUCGAAGCUGGACGGAGAGUACUGAUGGAACCUAAGAGAGGUUUUCUAAAGCAGAUUAUACGACAAUUUGAUUCAACAAACCAACUUAGAAAGAAAGGGGUUGCUGGCACCAUCCGUAACUGUUGCUUUGAAGCUGAUACCCAGAUACAAAAUCUGCUUUCUAUAGCAGAAUAUCUUUGGCCGGCUCUACUUUUGCCUGUAGCGGGAAAGAAGAUCUAUAGCGAAGAAGAUAGAUCUAAAAUGCCUCUGGAAAUUGCAAAUGCACUUUCUCAUGAACGGGAAGCUGUCGAUGAUUCUGAAAUUCGAGAACGGGCACUGGAGGCUAUUUAUAUGAUUGUGAUGCAGGAUGAUGGACGAAAGGCGUUUUGGUCAGUCAAUGGGCCACGGAUACUGGAAGUUGGUUAUGAAGACGAAGAGGACUUGAAAGUGGUGGGAGCAUAUGAAUUGAUUGGUUCGCUGCUUGUUGGCAAGGGUGAGAUUGAACAAGAUCAAGAGCAAGUAGAAGAGAAACCUUGAUAGGUCCCUCAACAUUGUACAACUUGUCCUAUUUACUGUUGCAAAAAACUGGAUUACAUUGCUUCUGAUGUUAUGAAUGCUCUGCUACUAGUUUAGUUAGCAUGGCACCGCAUCACCCGUAGAUUCUUAAAAUGUUCUCGGUGCAGUUGGCCCGAAUUGUAUGCUUUGAUCAAUUGGAUAUGGGAAGAU